GAUUUUUAUACGGACUGUUGCUUCUCAUCUGAGUAGUGUCAGAGGCGAGUGUGGAAGCAUCCCAGCCACAGUGUGGGAUUCACCAGACCAGCAGACUCAGAGAAAGACAGACAGACAGACAGGAGCAAUAUGAUGAUGCACGCAGGCCAAGACGCCAUCAUUAAACAGAGGAUGCUGCAGGCUAAAGCUUUAUCCAAGGAGGCCAGGGGAGGAGGUCUAAACUUGGGGAAGAAGAUGAGUGUCCCAAAAGACGUGAUGAUGGAGGAGCUCAACCUUCAGUCUAAUCGAGGCUCUCGCAUGUUUCAGGAGAGGCAGAAGAGGGCAGAGAAGUAUACGGUGGAGAAUGCGCCUGGUGGUAUCUACAACACAACCUAUGUUUAUUCGGAGUCCGCUCCUUCCCCACAGAUCAUACUCGAGCCGCAGGGAGGAAAAGAAAAUCAGGCUUUAUCCAUCCCUGGUAAGCAUAGCCUGGUCAUGAACCUUCAGAAGAGUGUAUCAAAGAAGGGCAGUCCUGAAGUCCUCGCUCCAGGUUAUUCUGGCCCCCUGAAAGAAAUUCCAAAAGAAAAAUUCAACACAACAGUAAUCCCCAAAUCCUACUGUUCUCCAUGGACGGAGGCUCUGAGAGGUAACGAAGAGCUCUUGAACGCCCUAAACUCCCAACUGCCAGAGGUACCACAACGGCUACAGCCUGUCAGCUACAGGUGCUUCAACAGGUCAGCAGUACCAUUUGGAGGUGCCAUGUCCAGCAAGAGGGUGAUCCCAGUAAUAAGCUUUGAGGCUAUAGAAUCCCAGAACCUGCCCAGCAUUGCUCUAAACCGCAUGUGCCAACGGCCAAACUUUAACCGAGCACCUAAAGGAUGGGGGAUUGAUUACAGCCCAGAAUCUAAUGAACUAUGAGAAAAUGGGCAACACCAUAAACUGAAGCACUGACCUAUGCUUGCUUUACACCUAUCACAAAGAUGAUCUAUGUGGACACUUCUGGGGAGAAAAAUAACACUACUGCUUUAUAUAUAAGUGGUUUUUUAAUGAGAAGUGCUUAGGACCAGCUGGGAAACCUCCCAAUGCUGGAU